AUGCCUACGAAAAAGGUCAGCGAUGCCAUGCGGCGUCGCUGUGUCAUGGCUUGCGACAAUUGCAAACGCCGCAAAGAACGUUGUGAUGGCAAUACCCCUUGCCGAAGAUGCUCUGAAAGACGACCAGCCGCAGAAUGCCACUAUUCAGGACCUCGGACAACAACUACUCCUCGCCCAAACUUCCGCGUACGAUCAACAAAACUGAAAUCGAUUACACCUAAAACUCCGCAGACACAGAUUGUGAACUGUGAGCCUGGCGACUACUUGGGUAGCCCAUUCUCCAAUGUUUGUAGUCUGGUGUAUGACGAGAGCGGAGGCUUGGUCUUUUUUGGAGACUCUGCAAAUGAGUCUUUUCUCCAACAGAUCCGCCAUCUUGUUGCCCAAACUCUAGGAUCGUGUCCUUUUGUCGACCAACCUAUAGAAUACCACAUUGAUCCCGACACCGCUGCUCCAUCAUACGCAUCUUUGGCCACCAUCUCGGAUCCCCCGCCCAAACCAAGCAUCAACGAAGCCAAAUAUUUCGUCAAAUGGAGCAUGCGAGCAACAAAUGGUUUGCUGGGCGUUUGUGAUCACAACACUCUUGAAGCCGAAAUUUUGCAGUGGCUUGACCAUUCUGACCAACCUCCGGAUCUUUCGACCGCCUUGUGCUACUUGGUUCUCGCGAACGGUGCACUUCAAUGUCCCGGAGAUCAAACUGAAGUCGCUCAUGCAUACUUUUCUUACGCGACAUAUCUGGUCAAAAUAAUUUCCACCGACCGACCUAAUGUCAAGUCCAUUUUGUGUCAUUCCUGGAUAUUCUUCUAUCAUCUCAACACGGGGAGACGAGAUGCUGCAUAUCACUCUAUCUCAGUUGCAUGUCGUGGAGCAUGCGGCAUGGGCUUUCAUCAACCUAACCGCUCACCACUCAUGAGCCGCGAUAGCUUUUCUUUUCGCGAUCGUCUAUGGAAAGCAUUACGAAUGAUGGAUACUUUCAUCAGCGGCUCUCUAGGAAGACCUGUAUGCACAACCGAGACGCGCAACACCAAGACGGAACAGGGCUAUUCUUCCGCUAUCGACAUGACAGCUAUUAUCGAUAACGUCUUGAAAGAGGUUUAUGGAACAACGACUAUUUCAAGAAACUUUAUUUCGAACAUGACGCAAGAGCAUCGCUUAUGGGCAAAACGAAUGGCUUGUGGUCUGGAAGCGGAUGGAAUCGACUCGGCAGACCUGAUUGAAAAAUACGAUCGUGAACCGAAUCUGCGACUUUGUGACAUCAAGGAGUCAUACUACUGGUCGAUCAUGUUAUUGACACGGCCGGUUCUUCUCGAACGGGUGAAAUCUCAGAUAUUACGCACCGGACCUCACGGAGACCAGGAUUCCGCAACCCCAGGCUCAGUUUCUGAUACUGCUCUUGUUUAUGCAUCAGUGGACUCAGCUCUUCGAAGCAUUGGUUUACUCGAAGGUCUUUUACCAAGGACAGACUUGCCGAAGCGGUUACCUUUCGCAGUACACGCGACCAUGACUGCUGCAUUGACGCUCGGUCUUGCAGUAUUUGCAGAUCUCGACCGAGUCUUUCCCCUACGAGCAAAUUUGAAAAUAGCAGACAAGUUGCUGCAAAAGUUUGAAUUACAUGACGGCAUUGCUAGAUAUUAUCGUCAAGUCGUGGAACAGCUACAAUCUGUGUGUACCGAGUACAUCGAGCAACGAAACAGUCGCAUCGUUGAACAAAAAAGCCAUUUGGUUUCCGACCUGUUUGGAUGCUUGAGUGAGGAAACACAGUUGCCGAACACAGCAGGUGGAAAAAAGAAUGGAUGGUUAUCAGUUGACGCUGACGAGUUGAUGUUUCAGAGUCCCGUCUGUUCGACAUCAACAGGCUGCUUGACAGAGGGUUCUACGUUGGGUACGGAGACAGACAUUAGCGGCGGAAAUUCAUCUGACUUGUCCUUGGACUUUUUAUUGGGGUCGCAGCUGACUGAUAUGUCUGAUUUUGGGGAUAUGUUGGGCACGGAUACAUUGUUCUCCAGUCUAGGCUGGCUCUAG